AUGAAGUACUUACCACUUAGUGAUAUGUGUGCUUAUUAUCGUGGUGAAGCCUACUUUGGACAAGGGACUGGUAGUAUAGUAUUAGAUGAUGUUAGUUGUGUUGGUAAUGAAACAUCUUUAUACCAGCAAUGCAGUCAUGGAUCUCCUCUGUCACAUAAUUGUGGUCACAGUGAAGAUGUUGGAGUGGUUUGUCCUGCACCAUUUGAUGGCUCGGUUCGUCUUGUUGGAGGAUCCAACAGUUCUGAAGGACGUGUUGAAGUAUACCAUAGUGGAUCAUGGGGUACUGUCUGUGAUGAUUCAUGGGACUAUAGGGAUGCUAGUGUUGUAUGUAGACAGUUAGGAUAUGGAUCAGGGACUGCACUUACUGAUGCUUAUUUUGGACAAGGAACAGGAAGCAUAUUCAUGGAUGAUGUUGCUUGUACUGGAUAUGAAUUAUUUCUUACCAACUGCUCUCAUACAACUUCUCAUAAUUGUCGUCACUCUGAGGAUGCUGGAGUUAGAUGUUCACAUACUUGCUUUAGUAGAUCAGUUCGUCUUGUUGGAGGAUCCAACAGUUUUGAAGGACGUGUUGAAGUAUGCAGUAGUGGAUCAUGGGGUACUGUCUGUGAUGAUUACUGGGACUAUAGGGAUGCCACUGUUGUAUGUAGACAGUUAGGAUUAGGACAAGCAUCAGCGACUGCAUUUAGUGGUGCAUAUUUUGGACAAGGAACAGGAAGCAUAGUAAUGGAUGAUGUUCAUUGUACUGGAUCUGAAUUAUACCUUACUAGCUGCCCUCAUAGAACUUUUCAUAAUUGUGGUCACUCUGAAGAUGCUGGAGUUAGAUGCUCAUACAUUUGUAUUGAUGGCUCAGUUCGUCUUGUUGGAGGAUCCAGCAAUUUAGAAGGACGUGUUGAAGUAUGCAGAAAUGGAUCAUGGGGUACUGUCUGUGAUGAUGCAUGGGGUACUAAUGAUGCUACUGUUGUAUGUAGACAGUUAGGAUAUAGUGUUACAGGGACCGCAUAUAGUAAUGCUUAUUUUGGACAAGGAACAGGAAGCAUAGUAAUGGAUAAUGUUGCCUGUACUGGGUCUGAAUCAUACCUUACUAACUGUUCUCAUACAACUAAUCAUAAUUGUCGUCACUCUGAGGAUGCUGGAGUCAGUUGUGCAGGCUCUAGUAGUGUCAAUGCUGGGGCAUUAGCAGGAGUUAUUGUUGGAGGGAUAUUUGGUGGUAUUAUUUUCCUAAUUUUUGUAAUUGCAGUGAUUGCU